CGGUAUACGCGCAGACGCCCAUUAUUAAACGAAAACGUGGUAGCUGUUUGUUCCGACUGCGGACUUUCGUGUUUUACUUUGUUAAAAGCUGUUAUCAUAUUUUUUGAUAGUUGUUACUACUAUAUUAUACGUUUUUUAAAAUUUAGUUAUCUAUAAAGUGCAUCCGAUCAACUUUUCCUAUUAAGUUGCACAAUUACGACACAUUUUCCUUCAAGAAAUCAAUAUUCCGAAGAUACCACACAUUAAUUAUCGUUCCAUGGUUUGUAAGAAUCUCAAUAUACUGCAAAAAUAAUGAUAUGACAGCGAUUACCUAUAAUGAUUUUUCGUUUUAUUUUACACGCUUAUUUCUGUUCUAAUUAAUUAAUACUAUUAAUUAAUAAUGUUUUCGGUGUUUUUGGUCUACCGUAUCUUUCAUCGAUUUGUAUUAAAUUCAUCGUAAAUACAACAAUAAAUAUGCCUGCACUUACACGUUCUCUUCAAUUGUGUGAAAAUUAAUUGAAUUAUAAAUACGUAAGAGUAUGGCAUCACUUUCAUGUUUUAGAACAUUAGCAUUAGGUGCUUAUAAUAUGUUUCAUAAAGGCUCACGUUCAUUAGUUUUGUGUGGUCCUUCAGGAAGUGGAAAAAGUACGCUUUUAAAAAAGCUUUUUGAAGAAUUUCCAGAUACAUUUGGUUAUUCUGUGUCUCAUACAACUAGAAGUCCUAGACCAGGUGAGGAAGAUGGGAAACAUUAUCAUUUUACUACUAAAGAUAAGAUGCAAACACAAAUAGAACAGGAUGAAUUUCUUGAAACUGCUACAUUCAGUGGGAAUAUGUAUGGUACUAGUAAACGUGCAGUGGAAGAAGUACACAAAGCAGGUAAAAUUUGCGUAUUAGAUCUUGAAAUGCAAGGAGUAAAACAAAUAAAACAAAGUUCUUUGGAUCCAUUGUAUAUAUUUAUUAAAGCACCAUCUAUCGAAGAAUUGGAGAAAAGAUUAAGAGCUAGGAAAACAGAAACAGAAGAUGCUUUGCAACGGAGAUUAUCCAUUGCUAGGCUAGAGAUAGAAUAUGGAGAAAAGCCUGGUAAUUUUGACAUAGUGAUUGAAAAUGACAAUGUUUCUAAGGCAUAUGAAAAACUGAGAGACUUUCUGAUGUCAAAUCUAAAGCAAGGUGAUGCAGGACGUUAAAUAUACGCCUCUUAAAGAUAUAUUAUUCUUUGAAAUCGUAAAUCAUAAAUUAUAAUUAUUUUUAUAUAUCAUUGUGUAAAUUAUAAUAAUAGAUAAUUAUUACACAAUGAAGCGCAUGAUUAAAUCAUGUCCAAGAGUCGGAUUACUAAAUCAAAGAAUAAAUUUAU